UCGCGCGUCGCGUUCACACGUCACGUUCGUACACUAACCGUGUUUCACGUGUCAACAGCCUAAUACCGCAGUAACUUAGACAUAAACUUACACUGUGUUUCGCCGUGUCGCGUGUGCUGUGUUGUGUUAAACUUUUUUGAUUAGAAAGUGCGUCUGUGCAGUGAAUUUCCGCGGGCCACCGAUGGCGCGGUGAUGGCGCGAGGCGCAUGCGCAUUGGCGCUGUUGUGCGUCAUCACAGCCGGCGCAGUCGCCUACACCGUUGAUUGCAACCACGAGUACACUGAUUGCGAUACUGAGCUCAGAAAACUAACCAGUGAAGAUGACGAUUCGGCGUCGACAUUACCAUCGAUGCUACCAACAGUUGUUGAAAUAGUUUCUCCUAAAAUAACUACCACUACAGCAGCACCAACACGUUCGACAUUAACUGAGGAAGAAAAUCGAUCAAACAAAACUGAAGUUCAUACAACGACUGAGGCUAAUGAAGUCCCUGAAUCAGCAGCUAAACCUAAGCCAAGAUUACUCAAUUUAAGUGUCGAUGAGUUACAGAAUUUUGCCAAUAUCUUACACAAUCAAAGUAAAGGAAUAAAAAGCACAUUUUCGGAUUUAAGCGAUGUUAAUCUGGAUGAAGAUGAAGAUGAGAACCCAAGGCUAAGAGGAGAUGAGCCAAAAAAUACACACAUAACAGACAAAUUCUUUUCAAACCUUAAAGCUCCUUUCAAUCCAUUAUUAUCUGUUGAUAGAUCAGAAGAAACUGAAACGUGUAAGGAGAACGAUAUUACUUAUAAGAUUGGAGAGCAUGUAGAUCGUGGUUGCGAGGAAUCAUGCGAAUGUACUCCCGGUGGUUCCUUUGAAUGUGCACCAAGAUGUCAACAUCCUUAUAUUCGUCGUGGCAGAAGACUUACCGAUCCCUUAUGCUUCGAGUCUCCGGUAGACGAAUGUUGUUCCAUUAUUGCUUGUGCAACGGGAAACGGAGAUCCAAAACUAUCGACCCUGGAGGUGUGUCGUUAUGGUAAUGUUUCGUAUCCGGUGGGCGGGAAGUGGAAUAUCGGCUGUGAACAAACGUGCACUUGCGAACAGAACUCGGUGGUCACCUGUAAGCCAAGAUGCAAGCGUCUACCACAAUCUGAUAAAUGUAUUAACGUACAAGACCCGAAUGAUGAAUGCUGUGAGAUGCAAAUUUGCGAUGUCUCUCAAGACGUUCAUGAAGAACCAGCUGAAAAUAUAACAAGUUCGACUUCAUCCACAACUGAAAUUCCGAAGCAACUACAAGACUCAAUUAAUCUACCCAUAUCACCGAUGAGGCCACUAGUACUCUCAGAACCUAUUGGUUCCAUUAAAGUACUACAAAAUAACAGUGUCCAAGUAAAUUUAAUGCAUAUGAAUAGCAGCGAUGAUCCCGUCCAUUUACUAAUUAGCGGUGAUGGGGGUAAAACUUACAGUGAUGUAGAAUUGAAAUACUCCAAUUUAAUAUUGAAUUUGGAAGGUGGUAAGGACUACGUCUUAAAAACAAAAGAAACUGGAACGAAAUUUAAUUUUACUAUAACAGCUUUGGAUGUCGGUAAUGAAGUGGAAGAACCACUGAAUGGAACCAACGUUGGAUGUUAUCAUGAUGGUCAAUUUUAUGCGAUUGGUGAAGAGUUCCAAAUAGGAUGCAGUGAACUAUGUGAAUGUACCGGGCCAGAUGCACGGGAAUGUGCUCCAUUACUUUGCCCAUCCCAUGUAGGAUUAGAAUUGGUAUCAAAAGGUUGUGUUCGAUGGGCACCAAACCCACCACCUACACCACCGAACUGUUGCCCAAGGACUGCAAGAUGCUUAAGCGAUGGGACAUGCCACUAUAAAGGUGUAGCAAUCCCAAAUUGGAGCGAAGUACCGGUCACGCUAACGGGGUGUGAAGAAAACUGUUUCUGUGAGAACGGUGAGCUAGACUGUGAGGCGGCAUGUGCACCGCUACCACCAAUACCUCCUCAAAAUCUCAGAUGUCCCCCCAUGCAUCGCCCAGCUCCGGUCAACAUAUCUGACGAGGAUUGCUGCAAGCAAUGGGGUUGCGUUGCUCAUGGUCAGGUUCCACCAGGAUUUCCUACGAAUCCUCAACAAAAACCACCUCAAUUCCUUCCAACAGUUCCUCCUGCGGAUCGCUAUCCUCAUGAUGAUAUUGUUGAUGACGAACAAAACAUUAUACAUCGUCCUAAUAAUCCCUUAGAACCUUUGAAUGGAAUUCCACCAGGAUUACCCAUACCAGGUUUUGGUGAUGAUAACAAAAAGCUAUCGGUGCUAUCGUUGCAAGGUGACUCAGCAACGAGCAUAAAGAUGCUCUUUGGUCUACCACCAGUUUUAGUCGGAUUGCGUGGCAGUGUGGACUUGAGAUAUACAGAUUCAGCAGAGGAGGAUGUAUCUCAAUGGUACUCGCAAGUUUUCGCUCCAGCAGACGAGAUUCUUACCACACCACGUUUGGAAUUCCGACUGACUGAUUUAAAGCCAUCAACCACGUACAAGAUUAGAGGAAAGCUUUACCUACACAAUUUGCCAGUGGAACCGGAGAGCGAUAUUUAUACUGUGAAAACUCAAGAUUUACCAACUGUUCUGCCUCCCGAAGAGAAACGUAAAGAAAUCGAUUGUAAGCUGUCGGUAGUAGAUGUGAACGACACAACAGCACACGUGAACUGGAGGCAUUUCAGUGAAGAGGAAUUGCAAUUUAUCGAUGGUAUACAAGUCAGAUAUCGUCCAAAAGGUACUCCAAUCUACAGUAUGACAGAACUUCUGCAUCACAGCCGAUCAGCUGCAGAGUUGCGAGAACUGCGCCCCGGCAGUCGAUACGAAGCAUCACUGGUGUUGAUACCACCCCCACGGUCCACCACCGAAUUGCACGAUCCAGGAAUUGUAGAAUUUACCACAGCUCCAUUUAUUGAUCCUUACGCCUGGUCAGUGAUGGUUGAAGCACGUGCAGUAGGAUCGGAGGCAGCGGAGUUGACGUGGCGUGGCGUGCCGGCACCGGCCGAGCGCUGGGUGCGCGUUUACCGCGCCGCGCACGCGUGUGCCAACGACCGUGACGAGCGCACUGAGCACGACGCCUUCCGCCUCGUGCGACGCGAUACGCCGCAGACUAUCACCCUUACGGGGCUACGACCUGACGCAAAAUGUCGAGUGUGGUUGGAGCUUUUCCUUACAAACGGCAAAGUGAAAACCAGUAACGUAUUGGAGAUUCACACUAAAUCCUUGGACUCAGGAGAACCCAUCGACAAUGUAAUAGAAGCAUCAUCAGUAGCUGGUAGCCGAGGAGUUCCUCGUGGGGAUUACUACGGAGCCUUAGUCGUGGUCGGGGUCAUUGCUGCCCUUGGAGCCCUUACCUCGAUCCUGUUACUGCUGGUCGUGGUCCGUCGCCAUAGACCGAGAUCCGUGCCAAUCACGUCUGUGCCAUCAGCUCCCCGAGAGUCAUCUUUACCACCUUACGAUAAUCCGGCGUACAAACUAGAAUUACAGCAAGAAACAAUGGAUCUCUGACAGUUAAGCUCCCGUGAGCAGUUGAAUGGGCUCAACGGGAUAUCCGAACGAAGCGCGGACGUACAAAAUGGCCGACCAUACAACGAAAUGGGCGUCUAAGCAAUGUCUCGCGCCAAUAUAUACCUGACAAAGAUAAUUUAUUUGCAAUUAAUCUCGCUUCAGUUUAAAUUUUAAAAACUAAAUAUAUUUAUAAAAUAGUUUUAAUACUGAUUAUUAAUUACCUAUGGUAACUAUUUUAACAGUAAUAUUUGGACUUACCUUUUAUAUUUGAGAUUGAGUUUAAUUUUGUAAAAAGAAUUUAAUAAAAAUGAGUGCCUUAUCGCAUAAUAUUUUG